CCUUCCUGCUUUUUGUUGGCGAAUCUUUGAUCUUUCACUUUCGAAUCUUCACGUUUAGUGCUAAAAAAGGUAGAAAUCGAAGAACAAUGGAGUCUUCGAACAUCAUAGAUGUUGUUGCCGACCCAGAUCUCAGUGGGGACAAGGAAAGUGUUGGCGUUGAUGGGGCUGCUGCUAAUGUUACUAAGGAAGAUGUUAGUGUUAAAACUCAUGAUGGGGAUGCUGUAAGUGAUGAUGGUGUCAGAGUUGAAUCUGAUGAUGAUGAGGAAGAUCAUAAUAUUGAUGUUCCUAAGUUAACAGACAAUGAAGAUGAAGAGACGCUGCAAGCUAAAAAGAAUGUCAAGUUUUUCAACAACAUUGAGGACAGCAUUGAGAAAGACCUUGAACCACCAACAGUUGCUGUAAAGUAUUCUGAUACACAUACUACAAGUUCUAGUGCUAGAGGACCAAGUCGACAACAUUUGGAUGAAGUUGAUGAGAUAGGGAGUGAUGAAGAAGAUAGCUAUCUCUCAACAUCUGAUGAUGAAGCAAGUGAAGCCAAACAUGGUAAAAGGAGAUGGGCUACGCAUAAGGUUUACCAAGAGCCAGGAGAUGAUGACACUCCUGACAUUAGAUUAGGAAUGAUGUUUAUCAACAAGCAACAAUUUAGGGAUGUUGUGAAUAAGUGGAACCUCAAGCAGAGGCAAGAUAUUAAAUGGAUAAAAAAUGACAAUAUAAGAUGCAGGGCAUCAUGUGUGAAGGCGCCAGAUUGUCCAUGGCAGAUUUAUUUGGCAAUGGACCAACCAACUAAAUCUUGGAUGGUGAAGACAUUUGUGUCUGAGCAUACAUGCCAUUGGAAAGAGUUAAGUGUUGAGUUAUCUCACCAUCAACUGAAAAAGGUGAAGGAGAAGAUUGGGAAGGAAUUUGAGGGUGAUUGCAAGAUGGAAUAUGGUAAAUUAUGGGAUUAUGCUAUAAAGCUUCGAUCGAAAGACCCUGCUGCCACCAUCAUUAUUAAGGCAUCAAGACCAACUACAGAUUUAAAUCCUGUUUUCUUAAGGAUGUACACCUGUUUUUCUCCAAUGAAGUUGGGAUUUGUAGCUGGCUACAGUCGUGUUAUUGGUCUUGAUGGUGCCUUCCUUAAAGGAGCAUUCAAAGGAGUAUUGUUGGUUGCUGUUUCCAGGGAUGCAAACAACCAGUUGUAUCCAUUUGCAUGGGUAGCCAUGGAAGGGAGUAAUUUCACAUUCAUUUCUGACCAACAGAAGGGCCUAAUUCAUGCAAUUGAGGAUCUAUUUCCAAAUGCUGAGCAUAGAACAUGCGCUAGACACAAAUAUGCCAACUUUCGAAAAAAUAAUGGAGGCAAAGAAUUGAAGGUAGCAUUUUGGAGAUGUGUUAAGGCUAACACUGAACAUGACUUCAACAGGGCAUUAACUAAGUUAGGGCGUAUUAAACCAAGUGCAGUCCCUGCCAUCAUGAGCACACACCCUAGGUUUUGGUCAAAGGCUUUCUUUAAAGAAGAUAGUAAAUGCGAUGUUGUCGAUAACAACAUGUGUGAGGUGUUUAAUGGUUUAAUACUGGAAGCAAGGCACAAGAUCAUAUUCUCUAUGCUGGAAGACUUACAGGAAAUGUGUGCCCGGAGGACGGUGGCUAUAAGGGAAUCUGGUAACAGGAAAUUUGUUGGGAAUUUUGGUCCCAAAAUUUGGGCAAAAAUUGUUGUUGCCCGAGAAAGUAGCAGGAGAUGCACACUUUUAUGGCCUGGUGGUGAUGGGUAUGACGUUGAUGAUAAUGGGGAGUCAACUUAUAUUGUAAAUGUGGAGAGAAAGACAUGCACUUGCAGAGUUUGGAAUAUGACUGGAAUACCCUGUAGGCAUGCAGUUACUGUGAUCAAUCAUAGACAAAAGAAUGAUGAGCACUAUGUAGCACACUGGGGGCACAACUCAAGGUCAUGUAAAGGAGUUCCACCAAACCUUCAAGAACAAAAUGAAGAUAAAGGAACUCCCCAAGAAGAGCAGCCUCAAGGUGUUGAUGAAAACAUUGGAGCUAAUGUGGAAAACCCAAUGAGCCAAGUGGAGGAUCCUCUUAGUCAAGUUCUUAAUGAGGCACCUACACCAAAGAGAUUCAGGCAAACAGCAAGAAGAAAACAAGAGGUUUGUGAAGGAAGCUCAAAAACUGCACAACCACGGAAGAGGGCUAAAAAGGACUAUGCAACAACAACCACAGGCCCCUCCCAAUCACAUGCAGCAACUACUUCAGGAGCCAAAGAUAAAGGGAAACAACCAAAGAAGCCACGACAACCAAAGAAGCCACGACAACUAAAGAAGAAACCUUGAAUGGCUGCAAAUGCAUCAAAGUGAGAUUGAUGAAGAUUGAUUUUUUGGUAUUUUGUUAGGUUGAAAAUGCUGGGGUGAGCAUAUUUUGUGUGGGGUUGUCUUUUGUGUAUAACAAUUAUGGUUGGUAAAUGUAGUUAUUGGUUUAAUGUGUAGUCCAUAAUUGUAUUUUUUGCUUAGGUUUUAAUUGCAAAAUUUGCUUUUUGUUUGUAUGUAUGAAACUACAUUCAUGCAAUUGUUGUAAACACUGCAUCUUGGAAUGGUAUGCACUUUGUAUAAGUG